AUGACUGAAACCCAGAACCUGUUGGCACGGCUGACAGUUUUAUCUGCUCGAGAACACAGCAUCGGUGAAGACCGAGACCCACAAUACGGGAACACGUUUGAUGACAGCAACUUCUUUCGGCAACAGUGUGUGGAGCAGCCCUUCUUCAGGAGCCGCGGCUCUGAGGCCGGAGACGUCGCCGUCGGAAGUGGUGCCACGUCAUCACCUGCCUACCCACAACUUACCAGGUAUGAGCACAGCGCCGCCACCGCAACCUCGGCCAGCCCCUUGGCCUCCGAGAUUGACAGCACUGAUCGGGCAGCCCCAGACUCGUCCCACCCCGGUGGCACCUUCUGCGAGGACGACAUCCCGGUGUCGGACGUGAAGACUUCGACAGACGGUGCCGCAACUCUUAUCUCCCAGUGUGGUGGCACCGGUAAUGAUCGGAGGGGGAGCUCUGUGGGCAGUUCUGCCAAUGGAGCGGGUGACACUGGCUCGGCCAGUACUGCCGUCGGAAAGCCACCGUUCCAGUACGAGGAGCUAAUUGCUAUGGCUAUAAUGAAGUCACCGCACAGGAGGGCAACGCUGUCGGAGAUUAAUGCCUACAUUGCGAGCUGCUUCCCAUAUUUCGACCGCAACAAGAAGAGCUGGCAAAGCUCAAUACACUGCAAACUGUGCUUCAGCAAGUACUUCAUCAAAGUGCCACUGGAGAGCAGGACCUACAAGGGCAAGCGCUUCAACUACUGGAUGCUCGACCCACAGUACGAGGACAUGUUUGAGCGCGGCAACUUCUGUCAACGACAGCACGCGAAGCAGCCCUCCUCCAGGAGCUGCGGCAGUGAGGGUGCAGAUGUCAGCGUCAGAGGUGGCGGCGUGUCGUCGUCUGGCGACCCCCACUGUGCCAGCCACGAGCACAGCACUGCCACCACAACCUCUGCCACCAUCGUGAUCUCCGACGUUUACGGCACUGUCCGGCCUGCCGCGGACUCGUCCCGACCUGGCGGUGGCCACCCUGAGGACGACAUCGCGGUGUCGGACACGGUGACGUCGACAGGCGGUGCCGCCGUUUUGACGUCCGCAACUGCUGACACCGGCAACAGCCGCAUUGACGACACCGGUGACAACGGUGACGCCAAUGGAGUGGAGGGCGAGCAGCCCUCUGGCGAUGCUGGCUCGGCCGGUACUGCCGACAGAAAGCCACCGUUCCGUUACGAGGAGCUAAUUGCUAUGGCCAUACUGAAAUCGUCACGCAGGAGAGCGACGCUGAAAGAGAUCAACACCUACAUCGCGAGCCGCUUCCCCUACUUCAAGCGCAGCGAGAAGAGUUGGCAGAGCUCGGUGCAGUGCAAACUGUACUUCAGCAAGUACUUCCUCAAAGUUCCGCUGGCAGUCAGGAACCGCAGGGGCAAGCGCUGCAACCUCUGGAUGCUCGACCCACAGUACGAGGACAUGUUUGAGCACGGAAACUUCCGCCAACAACGGUGCCUGAAGCGGCCCUCCUACAGAAACCGCGGCAGUGGUGGUGGAGAUACCGACAUCGGAGGUGGUGCCGUGUCGUCGUCUGCGUUCCUGUACUGUGCCAGGUACGAGCACGGAUCUAUUCCAACUUCUGAUAGGAAUGGCAGUGCUUCUUUUGAAGAAAGUAAUCUUCAAAACGUUACCCACGAUGAGCUGGCGACGGAGCAAGAGACGUCGGCACACUUCAUCAGUAAUAGUGUUCCAACACGAGGCAUUAUCUCACAAGAGGAUAAUCACUUCCGCAGUACAGAUAAUGUUGCUGAAGAUGUAUUAGCAGUCUUGAGUUUCAGUGGAUGUGUUAAAGAGGAGCCAGAAUUAGAUAUAGGAGUGGAAGCAACUGAGAAUGAGGAGGCAGAUACAAGAGGACACUUUCCAGAUAUUACAUGGUACACCACACCGACCUCAACCAGUUUGUCAGCUUCUGUGGUCGGCAGCAUUGUCCAGUCCGCACCCGACUUUCCGCACUCUGGCGGCGACCUCUGCGAGCCCGACACGGCGGCCCCAGAUGUGGUGACGUCGGCGAGUGGCGUCGGUACUUUAACUCCUGCACCCGACGUCACCGCCGACAGAAGUGGUGACGGCGGUACUGGUACCGACAGUGAGAGAAUCGCCACGAGCAGCGGUGCCGACGGGGCGGGCGAGGGGCAGCUCCUCGGUGACGGUGGCUCUGCGAGUACUGCCGACACUAGGCUACCGUUCUCCUACAGGACUCUCAUUUCUAUGGCCAUAGUGCAGUCUCCACUCAGGAAGGUGACGCGGUCGGAGAUCUACGCGUACAUCGUAGGCCGUUUCCCCUACUUGAAACGCAAGGGGAAGAUCGUGCAGCACUCACUUAGCUGCACCCUGUCAUCCAGCAAGUGCUUCGUUAAAGUACCGCGGGAAGCUGACGACGACAAGCGCAUCUACUGGACGCUCGAUCCACGAUACGACAACACGUCGGAGAACGCCAAUUUCCGCUGCCUGCAACAAAUGGAGUGGCCAUUCCGGCAGGGCCUCGCAGCGGCCGUGCCCGCACACAGAGUACUGCAGGCUGCCGAUGCCACCACUGUCAGUGGCAGUGGCGAUAUGCCGCUCCCUGCCUACCCACCCUAUACCAGUGCAGGUCAGGCUGCCCCGAACUCGCCCCGACCCAGUGAGGGACACUGCGAGAAUGACACUCCGGUGUCGGACACGACAUCUGCGGGCGACGCUGCCGUUCUGACGUCCGACUCUGGUGGCACUGCCGACAGGGGGGAAACCGCCGCGGGCCGUGCUGCCGACGGGAUAGGCGAGGACCAGUGCCGUAGUGUGUCUGGCUCGGCCUCUACUGCCAAAAAGAAGCCGCUGUUCUCCUACACGGAGCUCGGUGCUAUGGCCAUAGCACAGUCACCGCACAGGAGGGCGAAGCUGUACGAGAUCUUCGCCUACGUCACGAGGCGCUUCCCCUACUUCAGACGCAAUCGGAAGAUCUGGCAGAAAGCGUUGAGCACCACCCUGUCGCGCAACAAGUGUUUCAUCAACGUCCGGCAGGAGGCUGGCAAACUGAAGGGCAGCUACUGGAUGUUCGACCCGCAGUAUGAGGACAUGCUAAAGAAUGGCAAAUUUAGCCUGUGGCGCAGGAAGCGGCCGUUCCGCAGUGGCCCGACAGCAGCAGUCCCUGCUCGCGAAGCGCGCACACGCCGUGGCCGACACCGACACCGCGGCCUUCACCCUCAAUGGCAGCAACACGUCACUGGCCUGUCGGAACAGCCCCAGCUGCCGGAGGCAGGAGGCAGUGGCGGCGGAGGCGGCAGUUUGCUGCUCCCUGCUUACCCGCCUCGUACCAGCACCACCACCCAGAUGUCAGCUGACCUCGUGGCGUCUGAAGUCGGCAGCUGUGACCCGGCCGAGACCGACUCGACUCCGACCUCUGCCGACAGACGCGGCGACGGCACGGGUACCGCCAGCGGAGGAACCGCCUUGGAUGGUGGUGUCAUUGGGGCAGGCGAGGGGCAGUGCUCCGGCAGUGCUAGCUCGGCCCGUACUGCCAGAAAGAGGCCACAGUUCUCGUAUACGGAGCUCAGCGCUAUGGCCAUAGCACAGUCGCCGCACAGGAGGGCGAAGCUGUCCGAGAUGUACGCCUACGUCAUGAGCCGCUUCCCCUACUACAGGCGCAAGAAGUUCUGGCAGAAGGCAUUCAGCAACAAUCUGUCACGCAGCAAGUGCUUUGUCAAUGUGCCACUGGAGGGCGACAAGCAGAAGGGGAACUACUGGAUGCUCGACCCGAAGUACGAGGCCGUGUUGGAGAAAGGCAACUUCCGCCACCGUCACGAGGAGAGGCCGUUCCUCGGGAGCCCGGCAGUGUCGGUCCCUCUGCGCCGACAGCGACACGGCACAGGCCUGUCGGAACACCCACAGGUGCCGGAGUCGGGAGGUUGCGGUGUCGGAGAUGCCGCUGUGCCGCUCCCCUCCUACCAGCACUACUCUAGACCGGCUCAAAUUUGUGACGGAAGUGACAGUGCUUCAUUUGAAGAAAGUAAUCUUCAGAAUGUGACCCGUGACGAGUUGCUGAUGGCGCAAGAGAUGUCGACACACUUCAUCAGUUGUAGUGAUCCGACACAUGACAGUGCUUCAGUUGAAGGAAGUAGUUUUCAGAAUGUGACCCACAACGAAUUGGUGACGGCCCGAGAGAUGUCGACACACUUUAUCAGCUGUAGCACACCAACACGAGGAAUUAUCACACGAGAGGAUAAUUCCUUCUGCAGUACAGAUAAUAUUGAUGGACCCUCUGAUGAUUCACAUCCCAUUUGUGAUCUGCAGAAUGUUAAAGUAGAGGUUGUUGAAGAUCCAUUAACAGUCCCUUGGUUCAAUGGGUGUUUUAAGGAGGAUCCAGAUACAUAUUUAGGAGUGAAUGCCACUGAGAGUGAGGAGGAAGCCAGAGGACGACACACCCCAGAUAUUACACGAGAAAGUACCGACGCCCUGACCUCGACCGGCCUGUCGGUCGCGGAGGUUGGCAGUACUGGCCGGACUGCCCCCGUCUCGCCCCACCUUGGCGGCAGCCACAGCCACAGCCACAGACACGGACACGACGCGACACCGUGGAUGAGUAAUCCCGGUACUCCGACCUUCGCAACCUGUGACACCACUAACGAUAGUGGUGAUCGCACAGAUGUCGACAGCAGGGAAAUCGGCACUGGCUGUGUUGCCGGUGGGGCGGCCGAGAAGCGGCGUCUCGGUAAUACUGGCUCUGCCAGUGCUGCCAACACUAAGCCACAAUUCUCAUAUAAGUCAGUCAUUGCUAGUGCCAUAGCGCAAUCACCGCACAGGAGAUUGACGCUGUCGGAGAUCUACGCCUACAUCGCGAGUCACUUCCCCUACCUCAGAGGCAAGAAGAAGAGGAUGUGGAAGAACUCGGUACGCUGCUGCCUGUGGUACCACAAGUGCUUCGUCAAAGUGCCACAGGAGGGUGGCGGCGACAAGGCCAAAUGCUGCAACUACUGGACACUCGACCCGCGAUACGAGGAGGUGUCAGAGAACGGCAAAUUCCGCCAUCGGAGCGAGAAGUGGCUGUUCCGCAGGAGCCCGGCAGCGUCACCGUCCGUGCGCCGAGUUCACGCGCACCACAGCCGGCACCGAUACCCCGGCGACCGCCCGCAACGGCAGCCGCUCAGUGGCCCGUCAGCUCACUCCCAGCUGCCGGAGACUGCCACCAGCGCUGCCACCGCAACUUGGAGCGGUCUCCUCGUCUCCGAUGCCGACAGCACUGUCCGGGCUGCCCCAGACCUGUCCCACCCCAGCAGCAGCCACGUAGAGGGCAGCGUCCCGGCGUCGGACGCGACGGUGCUGACAGACUGUGCCGCUACUCCGAACUCUCCAUCCGGUGGCACCGGCAACGGCCGCGACAGGAGGGCAAGCACCGUGGGCGGUCCUGCCAGUGGAGCGGGCCAGAAGCGGUCCUCUGACGACACUGGCUCGGCGAGUAUCGCCCGCAGCAAGCCACCGUUCCAAUACGAGGAGCUAAUUGCUAUGGCCAUACUGAAAUCGCCGCACAGGAGAGCGACACUGUCCGAGAUCAAGGCAUACAUCGCGAGCCGCUUCCCUUACUUCGAGCGCAGUGAGAAGAGGUGGCAGAAAUCGGUGCACUGCAAACUGUUCUUCAGCGACUUCUUCGUCAAAGUGCCGCUGGCGGUCAGGUACCGCAGGGGCAAACAGUGCAACCUCUGGAUGCUCGACCCACGAUACGAGAACAUGUUCAGGAAUGGCAACUUACAGCGAUUCCGGCUCGUGAAACAACCCUCCUCCCGGAGUCGGGGUAUCCGGGGCAAAGGUGGACGCGUCGGAGUUCGUGCUGUGCCGUCCUGUGCGCCCCCACACUCUGCCAGAUAUGAGCACAGCACCGAUCCGGCCACCCACCACUCGUCCCGAUCUCGUGACGGCUGCUGCCAGGACGACUCUCCGACGUCAGACGCGGCGGCAACUCCGGGCGAUGCAGCUGCUUCGACCUCUGCCAGCAGUGGCAGUGAUAUCGACACUGUGGGAACCGCCACGGGAAAGGCUGCCGAUGGGGCGGGCGAGGAGCGCCACCCCAGUGUUGCCGGCUUAGCUGGCACUGCCGAAAAGAAGCCGCCGUUCUCGUACACGGAGCUCAGUGCUAUGGCCAUAGCAGACUCGCCACACAGGAGGGCGAAGCUGUCGGAGAUCUUCGCCUACGUCACGAGCCGUUUUCCCUACUACGAGCUCGGCAAGGUGGUCUGGCAGAGAGCGUUGAGCGUCAACCUGUCGCGCAGCAAGUGCUUCGUCAACGUGUGGCACGGGAGCAGCACCUACUGGAUGCUCAAUCGGCGGUACGAGGACAUAAUGGAGAUGGGCAGAUUACGCCGCCAACACGUCAAGCGGGCGUUCUUCGGGGGCCCGACGGCUGCGGUCGGCGCACGCCGAGUGCCGACUCGCCACAGUCUGCGGAAGCGUCGCAACUGGCGGCGCCACACCGGCCUGUCGGAGGAGCAGUCGCGGCUGCCGGAGUCCGGAGCUGGCGGCAGCGGAGCCGGUGCCGCAGUCAGUGGCACUAGGCCUCCCCCCGCAUCUCCGCACUGCACCAGGUCUACCCGACUUUCUGAUGGGAAUGACAGUGCUUCAUUUGAAGAAAGUAAUGUUCAAAAUGUGACCCACGAUGAGUCGAUGAUGGCUCAAGAGAGGUUGACACACUUUGCCAGUUGUCGUGUUAUGACACAAGGAAUUACCACAGAAGAGGAUAAUUCCUUCUGCAGUACAAAUAAUUCUGAGGCACUUGCCGGUGGUCCACUUACCGUCAGUGACCCGCAGAGUAUUAAGAAAGAGGUUUUUGAAGAUCCAUUAGCAGUGUCAACGUUCAGCAGGUGUAUCAAAGAGGAUCCAGACUUACAUUUUGAGGUGGAUGCAACUGACAAUGAAGAGGAAGCCACAAGAGGACAUGCUUCAGAUGUUACAUGUGCCGCUACCCUGACGUCGACCGGCCUGUCGGUGAACGACAUCGGCGGCAACGGUCCGGCUGCCCCCGACACGUCCCUGUGCAGUAACGCCCACGGCAAGGACGACGUCGCACUGCGGGACGUGACGGUAUUGACGGACGGUGCCGGUACUCCGACUUUCACAUUCUCUGGCACUGCUACGAGUAGUGACGGUGGCACCGACACCUGUGUGGGGAGAAGCGCCGGGCGCAGUGCUGCCGGUGGGGCGCACGAGGAGCGCCGCCUCCGUGACGCCAGCUCUGUCAGUACACCUGACAGUAAGCUGCAGUUCUCCUACAAGGAUACCAUUGCCGCUGCCAUAGCGCAGUCACCGCACAGGAGAUUGACGGUGCCGGAAAUCUACGCCUACAUCACGAGUCACUUCCCCAACUUCAGAGGCAAGAAGAAGAUCUGGCGGAACUCGGUACGCUGGUGCCUGUGGUACCACAAGUGCUUCGUCAAAGUGCCGCUGGAGGGUGGUGACGACAAGGCCAGAUGCUGCAACUACUGGACACUCGACCCGCAGUACACAGAAGUGUCGGAGAACAUCAAUUUUCGCCACCAGCGCGAGGAGUGGCCGUUCCGCAGGACCCCGGCGGCGUCGGUGACCGCCCACCGAGAUCGCACGCACCGCAGCCUGCACCAGCACCUGCAGCGACGUCACACUGGCCUGUCGGAGCAUCCGCAGCUGCCGAAUACUGCCACCGGCACCGCCACCCCGUCAGUGAGCCUACCGGUCUCCGACAUCGGUGGCACUUGCGAGGCCGCCUCGAACUCGUCCCGACCCGGUGACGGUCGCUGCGAGGACGACACUCCCGCGUCGGACGUAACGGCGUCUCCUGGCGGCACCACUACUCUGACUCCCGUCUCCGGCGGCGACGGCGGCGGGUACGGCGACGGCACGGAUAGCACCGGCAGGGGAACCGCCGUGGGCAGUGCUGCCGGUGGGGCGAGGGAGGAUCGGCACUCUGGUGACGCUGGCUCAGCCUGGGCUGCCAGAAAGAGGCCGCCCCACUCCUACACUGAGCUCAGCGCUAUGGCCAUAGCGCACUCGCCGAACAGGAGGGCCAAACUGUCUGAGAUCCACACCUACAUCAUGAACCACUUCCCCUACUUCACACGCAGGAAGAAGAUCUGGCAGAAAGCGUUGAGCACCAUCCUGUCGCACAAGAAGUGUUUCGUCAAUGUGCCACAGAAGGGCGGCAACUACUGGAUGCUCGACCCGCAGUACGAGGAAAUGUUGGAGAAAGGCAAAUUCCGCCGACGGGGCAAGAAGCGGCCGUUCCGCAAGGGCCCGGGAGUCUCGGUAGCCGCUCACCGAGUGCCCACGCGCCACAGCCAGCGCCUACACGGCAGCCGCCAGCCGCACCGGCAGGAACUCCGCCCCGGCCUCGCGGGACACCCGCAGUUGCCGGAUACCGCCGUUGGGUCACUGGUCGGGCUCUCAGAGCUCCGGGCCGCUGCCGACACCCCCGCUGCAGGUGGAAAAGGCGGCGACGGGAGUGGUGCUGUCGUAGGCAGCGCUAUACCACUCCCCGCCUAUCUGCACUGCGACAGGUACCAGAACGAGUCUACACAAAUUUCUGAUGGGAAUGACAGUACUUCACUCGAAGAAAGUAAUCUUCAAAAUGGUACCCGUGAUGAGAUUGUGAUGGAGCAAGAGACAUCAACACACUUCAUCAGUUGUAGUGUUCUAACACAAGACGUUAUAUCUCAAGAGGAUAAUUCCUUCUGCAGUUCAGAAAAUGUACAGACCGAUGCAUUUGCUGAUGAUCCACUUACCAUUUGUGACACACGGAGCAUUAAGAGAGAGGUUUUCGAGGAUCCAUUAGAAGUUACAGGAUUUGGUGGCUGUAUCAAAGAGGAUCCAGACUUACGUUUCGGAGAGGAUGCAACUGACAAUCGAGAGACAGCCACAAGAGGACACGCUUCAGAUAUUACACGUACCGCCGGCUCGACCCCGACCGGCCCGACCCCGACCGGCCCGUCGAAGUCAGAGGUCGGCGGCACCGGCCGGGCUGCCGCAGACUCGUCCCACCUUGGCGGCAGCCACUGCGAGCACGACACCGCAGCGUCAGACGUGAUGGUGUCGACGGGCGACGCCGGCACUCUGACCUCCGCGUCCUGUGGCAUUUCGGACAGCGGGAGAACUGGCACGGGCAGAGCUGCCCGCGAGGGAGGCGAGAAGCGGUACCUCCGUGGCACUGACUCUGGCAGUCCUGUCACCACUAAGCCACAGCUCACCCACAAGGCACUCAUUGCUAGUGCCAUAACACAGUCACCGUACAGGAAAUUGACGCUGUCGGAGAUCUACGAUAACAUUGCGAGCCGCUUCCCCUACUUCAGACGCAACAGGAAGAUCUGGCUGCACGCGAUAAGCUGCUGCCUGUGGUAUAACAAGUGCUUCGUCAAAGUACCGCAGGAGGCCGGCGAUGACAAGGCGAAAUGCUGCAACUACUGGACACUUGACCCACAAUACGAGGACGUGUUCGAGAACGGCAACUUCCAGCGACAACAGCACACGAAGCGGCCUUUCUCCUGGAGCCGGGGUGUCAGGAGCAGAGCCGGAGUUCGCGGAGUUCACGCUGUGCCGUCCUCCGCCUACUUGCAGUCUACCAGACACGAGCGCAGUACCGGCCGAGCUACCCGCGACCCGUCCCGACCCGGCACCGGCAGCCGUGAGGACGACGUCCUGACAUCGGACACGACCGCGUCCGCGGUCGGUGUCCCUACUCUGGCCGUCACAUUUGGCGGUACCGCCGACAGUGUCGCCAGGGGUACUGUCGCCGACAGCGGGACGGCCGCGGGGGACGGUGCUGCCGGUGCGGCAGGAGACACUGGCUCUCCCUGUACUGCCGACGUGAAGCCGCCAUUCAGCUACACGGAGCUGAAUGCUAUGGCCAUAAUGCAUUCUCCACACAGGAGGGCGACGCUGUCCGAAAUUUACACCUACGUCACGAGCUGCUUCCCCUACUGUAAGCGCAACAAGAAGUUCUGGCAGAGAGCGCUGAGCAACAACCUGUGUCGUAACGAGUGCUUCGUCUACGCCCCACAGGAGGGUGCCGAGCAGAAGGGCAGCUGCUGGAAGCUCGACCCGCAAUACGAAGACGCGUUCGAGAACGGCAAGUUCCGCCACUGGCAGCAGCGGCACCGUGCCGGCCUGUCGGUACAGAGUGGAGCCAUUGGGAGCGGAGUAGUCGGCAUCGGAAGCGGCGCCGUUCCGCACCCCGGCGACAUGCAGUGUGCCAGCAGUCCGGCGGAGGACGACCGUGGCACCGACAGACGUAGCGGCCAUCCAGAGAGAGACGGCCCGGACGCACGAGACGACGACUCGUCGCGGCGCACUGCCGCUGCCAAGUGGGAAGUGUCCGGCGGAAACGACGGCGGUGCAGUGCGGCCAGCGCUCGACUGCGAGGAGGCUUUCGCACGGGGGCAGAAUCCGGAGCGGCGUGGGCACGGCGGCUGCGGUCACACGUCAGUUUCUCGCAGUGCGUGCCACAGAGUGUCCGAGAGGCGAGGCAUCUCGAAUCGGCACGUGCGUCUGCACGCGGGUGAACGCCCUUACGACUGUCACGUGUGUCACAAGACGUUCGUGAGGAGUAGCAACCUGAGGGAGCACUUGCUGCUGCACACGGGUCAGAGGCCCUACAGGUGUAGCUUCUGCCUGAAGGCGUUCGCUGCGAGUUCCAAACUGAGGAAGCACUUACGGGUGCACGCAAACUGUGCGACAUCCGCCGUAAGAGGUUCGGGAGGAGACACGAGUGAAGUACGCGUGGAAUGUCAGGGCCGGGAUGUGUCAUCGCCCUAGGAAUAGGAGGAGUCGAUCAUUUUGUGGUGCGUCUUUGCCGAUAUGAUACACGGACUAAUACACCCGCAUUACCGGCAUAACAAUAAAGCUCACUUCGUGAGAAACUGUGGAUUAAUUGUGACAUCGUAGGAUAGGACUGGAGUGUGUAAUGUGAUGGUUUCAGGCCUAAACAAAUUUUACUGGGUUAUAAUCGUCAAAGCUGCGCACUUUUUAGCUACACCAGUGGAGCUGCUAAUGUAGUGAUUAAAAUAUUUGCAGAGUGGCAUUCAGUACUGUGUUUGAUAACGUAUCUCAGUCGUGAAAUCAUUUUCAGUCCUUCACGACUUAGUUAACCACCAAAUACGCAAAUAAAACAUUUCUGUUUCAUAUUGGUGCAAAAUUUCUUCACAUUACAUCAAAAAAUUCACAAGUGCCCAUCGUAACACUGACAGUAAAGCUUCCGUACUGCUUUGUCUCACAAAAAUUUGUAAAUCCAUUUUUUGUAAUGAUAGUGUACUUAUACAUCCAUGUGCCAUGUUUUAAGUUCCAACAUUUUUUCAGA